AUGGGCCAUCCUCCGACUUGUCUGAAGCUCUAUCCCCACUUCAUUCGAAAUGAAUUGCUCUCUUUUAACACUAUGAUCCAUCUGCAGACACAUACGCUAAUUGCUUCAGUACUUUUUCUGCAUUCUGCCAAACUGUCCAAUCUAAGGAGAAAGGGUGGCUACUUCUGUACUGGCACGCUUGGUUGCUUGUCAACUGAUCGCCACCAAAGGUCUUCUUCACCGAGUUCAAGACGAUUUCCGGCCCUCAACAUAGCUGGUCUCUUAAGUCCUGAAAUUGUCCAUCUCUGA